CAUGGGACCGCUGUGCUGGAGGACAAAAUGGACAAAAUGCUCCCCUUUAUGGUUUUUGUUCUGCUGGGAAUACACAGCUCUGCUGCUGUGACCCACUCCCUGAAAUAUUUCUACACUGCAUCGUCUCAAGUCCCAAACUUCCCAGAGUUUGUGUCUGUUGGUUUGGUUGAUGAUCUUCAGAUUGAUUACUAUGACAGCAACACCCAGAAAGAUGUGCCCAAACAGGACUGGAUGGAGAAGAACAAUGAUGAGCAGUACUGGGAGACAGAGACUGGAAAACGUCAGGGUGACCAGCAGACCUUCAAAGCCAAUAUUGAAAUUGUAAAGCAGCGCUUCAACCAAACUGGAGGUGUCCACAUUGUCCAGUACAUGUACGGCUGUGAGUGGGAUGAGGAGACUGGACAGGUUACUGGGUAUCGACAGUUUGGCUAUGAUGGGGAAGACUUUCUAACAUUGAACGCAGAGACAAACACAUGGAUCGCUCCACAACAACAGGCUACAAUUACUACAAACAAAUUGAACGAUAACAAAGCUUUUCUGGAGUCUGAUAAGAAUUACCUCAACCAGGAGUGUCCUGAGUGGCUGAAGAAGUAUGUUAACUAUGGAAGGAGCUCUCUGAUGAGAACAGAUCUUCCAUCAGUUUCCUUUCUCCAGAAGACUUCCUCCUCUCCAGUCAGCUGCCACGCUACAGGUUUCUACCCGAACAGAGCUGAGAUGUUCUGGAGGAAAGAUGGAGAAGAGGUUCAUGAUGGUGUGGACAAAGGAGAGAUCCUCCCUAACAAUGAUGGGACCUUCCAGAUGAGUGUGGACAUAGAUCUGUCCUCUGUUGCAGCUGAAGACUGGACCAAGUAUGAAUGUGUGUUUCAGUUCUCUGGAGUCAAAGAAGACGUCACCCACAGACUGGAGAAAACAAGGAUCUUGACCAAUAAAUCAAAUACCAUCAAUCUGAUCAUCCCUGUUGUUGCUGCUGUUGUGCUCGUUGGUCUCAUUGGUCUGAUUGGAUUCAUUAUUUACAAGAAGAUGAAGAACGCCAAGCGUCCUCCUUCUCCUGUGGAGAACCCUCAGGCCCCAGAGGAAACCAAGUUUCUUCCAGAACCAUGAAGAAACAGAACCAGGACAACACAAAGCUGUUCAUGGAUAAAGUUUGCACUGAAACAAGAAACACCUCCACUCUCUCUAUUACUGGUGAAAUGUAAUUCAUGUUAAAUUUUAACAGACGUGAAUCCAGUGAUAAAAUUGAUGAAUAUUGUAAAAACGUACAAUAACUGGUUCAAAUGCUGUUAAAAUCAAAUAGGAGUGAUACUAAUAUAUUUCUUCUCUGGAAAGAUCUAAACAAUUAAAACCAAACUAAACCUUUGACCCAGACACAAUUAUUCUGACCAAUGGAGUUGAUCUACAAAAAUCAGACAUUUUACUUUGUCUGGUUUCUGGAUUUUCUUAUAAAUGAAUGAAUUAAUAAUGAUUAAUGUUACACUUGGAGAUUUACAUAAACAGACUAACCUUGUACAUUUUUUCUACAUCAGAAAUAUAUGGUUAGAAUGAUGAGUUUUAUUCUUUUGGAUGAAAAUAUUUGUAUUUCAUUAAAUGAAACGUUGCACAUAACUUCAUGGAAGUUAAAACAAUUGGAGAUAUUAGAUACUGUUCCUGUUAGUGUAAUGAUAGUAAGUUUUGUUUGUGUUAAACUGUUCUGAUCCAAUCAACUACAGAUACAUUAAUCUAGCUGUCAGAUAUUCAUUAUAACCACUGAGUUAAGUUUUUAUCAUGGUGAUGAUUUCAUAUCUGAAUUUAAUUUCUAGAUGUGUUGCUGUUCACCUAAUUCUUUCAAAAAUAUUUUUUUUUGGGUAAAUUAUAUAUUUUCUUUCAUAGUCUUUCAGCUAAAUAUAGUUUAUUUUGUCUGUCUUUCAUUUUUAUUUUACUUCUGAUUAAAACAGCUUUAAAAUAGUUUUUUUUCUUUAAUCUUUUCUAUCUGAUGUAUACAUGAAAAAUAUUGUGCAAGUUUUUUUUUUUGCUAUUUUAUAAACAUGAUCUGGGGCUUAAAUAAGUUCUAUUGUUGGGUUUAGUAUAUUGGUGUUCUGUAAAUUUUGUUUGCAUUUAAAUACAUUUCCUCCAAAUCUAGCAUUUUUUGUUCUUUUAUAUUGUUAGACAAGGCUGAAUUUCUGUAUAUGCUUCAGAGUUUAUAAAUACUGCUAAACUAUUUCUGACCCAAUGAGCCUGACCUAAAGAUACUUUUGUGGUUUUCUUGAACAGUAACUUACCCAACAAACAAAGUGGAGUAAAAUGUUUUUAUUUGA